UCGUCCACCUCCUCGGCGUCAUUCCCGGCCUCCGCGGCGUCCGCCCAGCCUCCGCUGCCGGGCGGAUGCCCCCAGCCUUGCGAGUGCUCCGAGGCGGCGCGCACCGUCAAGUGCGUGAACCGCAACCUCACCGAGGUGCCUGCGGACCUGCCCCGCUACGUGCGCAACCUCUUCCUCACCGGCAAUCAGCUGGCUGUGCUCCCCGCCGGCGCCUUUGCCCGCCGGCCGCCGCUGGCCGAGCUGGCCGCGCUCAACCUCAGCGGCAGCCGCCUAGAAGAGGUGCGCGCUGGCGCCUUCGAGCAUCUGCCAGGCUUGCGCCAGCUCGACCUCAGCCACAACCCACUGGCCGAGCUCAGCCCCUUUGCUUUCUCCGGCGGCAACGCCAGCGUCGCGGCCCCCAGCCCCUUGGUGGAACUGAUCCUGAACCACAUCGUGCCCCCUGCGGACCCGGCCGAGUGGCAGAACCGGAGCUUUGAGGGUAUGGUGGCGGCGGCUCUACGAGCGGGCCAGGCGCUCCGCGGGCUCCGCCGCCUGGAGCUGGCCAGCAACCACCUCCUCUACCUGCCCCGGGACCUUCUGGCCCAACUGCCCGGCCUCAGGCACCUGGACCUGCGCAACAACUCCCUAGUGAGCCUGACCUACGUGUCCUUCCGCAACCUGACGCACCUCGAAAGCCUCCACCUGGAGGACAACGCCCUCAAGGUCCUGCACAACGGCACCCUGGCUGAGUUGCAAAGCCUGCCCCACGUCAGGGUCUUCCUGGACAACAAUCCCUGGGUCUGUGACUGUCACAUGGCAGACAUGGUGGCCUGGCUCAAGGAGACAGAGGUAGUGCAGGGCAAAGCCAGGCUCACCUGCGCAUUUCCGGAAAAAAUGAGGAGUCGGGUUCUCUUGGAACUCCACAGCUCUGACCUGGACUGUGACCCUCUCCUCCCUCCAUCCCUGCAGACUUCUUACGUCUUCCUAGGUAUUGUUUUAGCCCUGAUAGGCGCCAUUUUCCUACUGGUUUUGUAUUUGAACCGCAAGGGGAUAAAAAAGUGGAUGCAUAACAUCAGAGAUGCCUGCAGGGAUCACAUGGAAGGGUAUCAUUAUAGAUACGAAAUCAAUGCGGACCCCAGGUUAACAAACCUCAGUUCUAAUUCGGAUGUCUGAGAACCAGGCGAGGACAGAACAAGAACAACUAUGCAUGAGUGUAGACUUAAGCUUUAUCCUGUCCCAGGCUUGCUCCACCUCCACCCUCCGCUGUAGACACUGACGUUGACUGAAAGCAGUGAAGGGAAUUUGCUCCCUUCUUACAUAAAGUUUCUUGGCGUGUUCUGCUACUAUAAGAUGAUGGACAACUGUGCGUAGUGUUUUCCCCUUUUCCUUUUCCUGGAACUCAACACGUGUGGAGGGAUGCUGUCACGUUUCAGCAUGUACAUGGACUCCUGGCUGUCUUUCUCUUAGAACAGUUCAAGGCGUAGCAAGUGUACCCACACAGAUAGCAUUCAACAAAAGCUGCCUCAACUUUUUUGAGAAAAAAAAAUUCAUAAAUAUCAGUUUGAUUUCUCAUGUACCUAAAUCGUGGAGAAAAUGAUUGCAUUCCAUAAACUGCCUGCAGACCUUAGCAAGCUCUUCAAAGUAACUCCGUAGUACACGGAAGCACCUGCAUCCGAGAGCAUGCUUAUCAUUUACUGUUCUGCAUAUUACAGAAAAUAACUUGCAACCUCAGAUAACUUCUUUGAUCAAGUAAAUUACUUUUUUUGAUUGCAGUUUAUAUGAAACUACGCUGAAGUUUUUUUAUAAACUGCAUUGAGAUCCAAACGACUAAAUUGUUAAAAAAAUCAAUAAAGAUUCUUAAAAGAA